UGAAAGUUUUGCAGUGAAAAGCAAGUUUCGUUAUCAGAUUAUCAAAGGAUGUGAUUUGUUAAAGGAUUUAUCAUGAUAUCAACAGUUUCCUAAAAUGCCUGGAAGCUGGUGGACGGUGGUGGUGUUAGCCACUCUUGCGUUGCGAUCGCAAGCCGAUGGGGGGUUUAGGCUGCCUGACCAGCCACCCAAGGAAGAAAGGGAGGAGGGGAGGUCAUUGCACUUUAAUGGAGGUCAAGGGAGAUCGCCUGAAGCCCAAGGCCGAGGGUUCCUGGACUGGCUAGGCUUUGGCGAAGACCAGGACCCGUACAUCCAGCAGGCGACGCAGCAGUGUGUCAACGGGGACCUUGGUGACUGCUUUAAGGCACAAGCCCUGCGCUCCUUCGAUGAUUUCUUCGACAAGCCAGCUUACCAGCUAUCAGAAAACGCUGUUCUGGUGAAGAUAGAGUCCCAAGCCAGAGCCCUGGCCAGGGAGCCUCCACAGCUGAGCUCCCAGCCGCGCAGUGAGGACUCUGACUGGGAUGCCUUAGUCAAGUUUGGGAUGAGGAAGAUUGAAAGAUUCUUGAGGUCUACUGCCCUGGAAAUGAACCUCGAUGAUGACGUCACGUCUAACGGUGUCAUCGCACCGCGGUUCCUGGACGAGAUUGCAGAUGAAGUGGACGUUAUUGAGGAUAAGAAGGCACCGCCUUUCCGUCGCCAUAAGUUGAAGAAGCUCAUCAUCCCCAUGCUGCUGAUCCUCAAGCUGUUCAAGCUGAAACUGCUGCUGUUCCUGCCACUCAUCCUGGGUCUCGCCAGCUUCAAGAAGUUCCUUGGGUUCAUGGCCUUGAUCAUUCCAGGCGUGAUCGGCUACUUCAAGUUCUGCAAGCCCAACAGCUCUCCUUUCUCCAGCGGCCAUUACACCGGACCUCAAUAUUCCCCUGCUGGUAUAGGCCUGGGACAGGGACCAUACAGGGAAGGCAGCUACGACCACUAUGAGUACCCAACCGGCCACAAAUACGGCGGAGGCGGCUACGGAUCCGGAGGCGGCUAUGGAUCCGGUGGUGUCGCGUUCAGAGACCAUGAGUCCAACGCGCAGAGCCUCGCCUACAACGGCUGGGAGUACAGGAACAAGAAGGGGGGAGAGGACAUCAAGGCUGAGCAAGCAUAAGACUGAUAACUUA